GACAUGGAGCGCUAUGGACACAGUGUACACGAUUCAAGUAAGAAUCUCAACUAAACACAUAAAUAUUUCUUCAGUUAGGAAAUAACCGAUUUGAAAGACUGAGAGGGACGGAAGGGUGGCCCGGUUGAGGAUGGAGUGUGCAUUUGACGCACAGAAUCUGAUCUCCAUUUCUUUGAGGAAAAUCCAAAGCUCCAGGACGCAGAGAGGAGGCAUCAAGCUCCAUAAGAACUUGCUGGUAACGUACGUACUCAGAAACGCCAGACAGUUUUAUAUGAGCAAAAACUUCUCUCAAACACAGAGGACGCAUCAGUACGAGGAUGUAACUGCAGUCCGCGAAAAGCAAGAUUACCUUGAAUUGACUGGGAGCUUUACAGAGUUGGCCGAUGACUUCUACUGCAACUUUAGCGGGGUUGAGUCGGACACUUGGCACUGCGGAGCGCACCAGCCCAACGGCCACCCUGCAGAGGUGGCGCACCAAGACGCAUCUGCCUGCGCAAUGGUUUCACCGAGUGACUCUGACCUCAUGGUUUCGGAAGCCUGUUGGAGUUGUGCAGAUAAAUCCUCCUGGGAGCUACCUAUCCCAAACACACAAGCCAACCAAAAGACCGUCCUGGACUUGGACACGCAUGUGGUGACUACUGUCACGAAUGGAUACUUCCACUCAGACUGUUGCGCGCAGCCCAAACAGCCGCAGGGCGCACAGGGUUUCAGUAAAAAGCGAAAGCUGGACUCAAGUUAUCAUAUUGUUGAUCCAGAGUUUUAUUUGCCAGACUUUGGGCCGGUGCCAUGCAAAAGGAUCAGGACUGAUGACGAUUUACAUUCAGAGUCGGAACAGUUGGACACAACGAACAUCUCCAACCUGAUCUCGGUGCUGGGAUCAGGGGGACUAUCUGAGUUUGUGAGUUGGCAGCACACGGACCUUGAGCAAAUAUUCGCCGCUCAAACAAUUUGUUUGAAACAUACAUUGUUAACAGGCAGCGGUUGGACGAGAGCAAUCGAAGCAUUUUGAUUUGUAGGAUUUUUUUGUAUAAUUUCAUUUUAUUUCUUUCAAAUAAAACAUGACACGACUGCAAUUCUCUCUCUGCUCUGUUAUUGCAAAUUGUUGAUGAGAUGUGAUCGGUAUAGAGCGAUGCUAUCCAUUUGGGAUUAUUUUUGCACAUUAACAUUUCCCCCCUUAUCCAUUUAAUUUCAUAUUUUCCCACAAAAGUAUAACCUAACGAAAAAAAUGUACCUUUCAUUUAAGAGUUAUUUUAUGAUGAUUCGGUUGGGGGUAUUGGAGUGUGUGUUUGAUUUGUAUUUCCUAAAGAAAUGAGUUAUUUAUCACUGUUUCUCUGGAAAGAUGUUGGACGAGCUCCAUCAUGUGGCUGGUAAAGAACUGUACAACCUCAUGCACCAAAUCCACGCAGUAUUUUGUUCUGUAAAAUGUAUUAUUUAUAUCAG